AAUAUACACUGACCAGUUAAGGUGGCAAACACAAGAAAUCAACACUAAUGAUUUACUAUAUCUUUUUAAAUUAGGAUAAUGCAGCCUAGAUUUAGUAAAUUACGUUUUUUUUUUUUUUAAAGUACGAAAGAGAAUCAAACUUUAGCUUUUUCUUCUGAGUACUUUUUUCUUGGAUUCUCAAUUGUCACCAAGCUUUCCCCCCUUCUCCCUUCUAAUUCUUGGUUGUUUUUGAAACAUAUAAGAACCGAUUUUAAGUGGGAAUUUCUUUUUCUCAAUAAAAAGUGCACUUUAGUCCCCCAUUAACCGAAUUUCACGGGCAAGCCUUUGCCUUUUUCUUUUAAUUGAAAAAGUUGGAAUAACAUCUCAAUCAUUGAAAGAACGAACUUGCCUCAACUGAUGCAUCUGAAAGAAUUUCCCAACUUCAAAACCUGCUACAUGGUAAGCAUGUGUAAGACCGUGUCUUAAUAAUCUUUCUAUUUCUAUGUAAAGCUGCAAUAAGUGAUGUUUCUGCAUCAACAAACAAAAAAAUUAUCAUACUAAAACUCAAGUUCUUAGAGAAAGUUGCUGGUUCAAAUUAUAUGAAAUCAUUUCUCCACAAUUUCUAAAUCAAGCCUGAAAACUAUUCAAAACCAUAUUUCAUGUUUAAGUUCUGCUUUACUUUCCGAAUGACACAUCACUGUUUUUAGACUAUUUUCAUGCUCACCCCAAGUUACUCCAUGUCACUGAACAAAACAUAGUAAUUAUGACUUUUAACAUGUUCAUCCUUCUUAGCUGUAUGAUCAACUAACAAUUUGCCAUAAUUUUCCAAAGCCAAACCAUGAAAGGAUGAAGAACUGUUAAGGUCAUAACUUGGAACUACCACUUGCCUCCAUUUCUCACCAAACAAUCAUCCAUGAAGUUCAAGUUCUCUAUUGUUCCAUUUGUUCUGCUAAGCUUCACUUUGUCUCUGUUUGGCUUGAUUGUAGCAGACUUGAACUCUGACAGACAAGCUCUCCUUAAGUUUUCUUCUAGUGUCCCACAUGCCCCAAGGCUAAAUUGGAAUGAAUCUACUCCAAUUUGCACUUCAUGGGUUGGUGUGACUUGCAAUUCAAAUGGAACUCGUGUCAUUGGCAUCCAUCUUCCAGGGAUUGGAUUCAAGGGCUCCAUUCCAGAGAACAUCCUAGGAAAACUAGAUGCUCUUAGAAUCCUGAGCCUUCAUUCCAAUGACCUUAGAGGAAAUCUUCUUUCUGACAUCCUUUCCAUUCCUUCACUCCAAUAUGUAUACCUACAGCACAAUAACUUCUCAGGUCCAAUCCCUUCCUCUAUCUCCCCUAAACUCAUUGCAUUGGAUAUUUCCUUUAACUUCUUCUCCGGGAGUAUACCACCUACAUUUCAGAAUCUGAGAAGAAUCACCCGGUUGUUUCUCCAAAACAAUUCCAUCUCUGGAGCUAUCCCUGACUUCAACCUUCCAAGGCUCAAAUAUUUGAAUUUGAGCUAUAAUAACUUGAAUGGCUCAAUUCCAAGUUCCAUCAAUAAAUUCCCAUAUACUUCUUUUGUUGGGAACUCUCUCUUAUGUGGACCACCUCUCAAUCAUUGUUCUGUAAUCUCCCCUUCUCCAUCUCCUUCUCCUGUUUACCAACCACUCUCUCCAGCAACUACCCAAACUAAAAAAGGUACCACUUCAAAGAAUUACUUUGGCCUAGGUUCUAUACUUGCUCUAGCAAUUGGGGGGUGCGCCUUCCUCUCUCUCCUUGUUUUGGUGAUCUUUGUAUGCUGUUUGAAGAAGAAAAAGAGUAAAAGCAGUGGUAUACUGAAAGUAAAGGCAUCUUGUGCUGGAAAAACUGAGGUUUCAAAGAGUUUUGGGAGUGGUGUGCAAGAGGCUGAAAAGAACAAGUUGUUCUUCUUUGAAGAUUGCUUUUAUCGCUUUGACCUUGAAGAUUUGUUAAAGGCUUCAGCUGAAGUUCUUGGAAAGGGGAGCUAUGGAACAACAUACAAGGCUUCUUUGGAGGAGGGAACAUCAGUGGUAGUUAAAAGGUUGAGAGAAGUUAUGGCUGGAAAGAAAGAGUUUGAGCAGCAGAUGGAGGUUAUGGGAAGAAUUGGACGACACCCUAAUGUCAUGUCCCUUCAAGCUUAUUACUAUUCCAAAGAUGAGAAACUUCUAGUCUAUAACUACAUGCCAGGAGGAAGCUUGUUUUCCUUGUUGCAUGGAAGAACUCCAUUAGACUGGGUUUCAAGAAUGAAGAUAGCACUUGGAGCUGCAAAGGGAAUUGCUUCCAUUCAUUCUGAGGGGGGUCCAAAAUUCACUCAUGGCAACAUCAAGUCAUGCAAUGUGCUCAUAACACAAGAACUUGAUGGUUGCAUAGCUGAUGUUGGACUAAAGCAUCUGAUGAACCCCUCAGCAACCAUGUCAAGGGUCAAUGGUUAUCUUGCACCUGAAGUUACUGAGUCCCGGAAGAUCACACAGAAGUCUGAUGUUUACAGCUUUGGGGUGCUCCUUCUUGAAAUGCUUACUGGUAAGACCCCACUGGGAUAUCCAGGGUAUGAUGACAUGGUUGAUCUUCCAAGGUGGGUAAGGUCUGUGGUUCGUGAGGAAUGGACAGCUGAAGUUUUUGAUGAGGAGCUGCUGAGAGGGCAAUAUGUUGAAGAGGAGAUGGUGCAGAUGCUUCAGAUUGCACUGGCUUGUGUGGAAAAGGUUGCAGAUGAUAGACCAAGAAUGGAUGAAGCUGUUAGAAACCUAGAGGAAAUCAGACACCCUGAGUCAGAGUCUAAUGUUCAAACACCAUGAUUUUUUUGUUGCCAACUGCAAUUGAAAGUGAGAGAAUUUUCAUUUUCUAUGAGACAUUGUGUGUGUAAUGCUUAUCUGUUCUGAUAAGCAUGUUUCAUUGUGAGAACACUAAUGUUUCAAUUCCAUG